AUGGGUCCCAGAUCUGCAGAUGAAGAGGAUUAUUCUACAGCAACAGCCGUGGAGAAAACUGAUGAUUCUACCUCAUUGGUGCACACAUCCAAUGUGUUUAUGAUGGAAUCUGCUGGGUCCAGGGCAUCAGCCACAACCUCCUGUUCUGAAGCAACUAAUGGCAGGUCAGAGAAUGGCCUUGAGACCUUGCAUGAGCAUGCUGCAGAGAUCAUUAGAAGUGAGGGCACCAACAGUGUCAGCUCGGCCCCUGAGAAUGAGAAAGAGGGCGAGAAAAUGAAACAGCAUCUGUACUGCGCAGCUUGCAAAGUGACCGUAAACUCCGUAUCACAACUCGAGGCACACAACAACGGGUCAAAGCAUAAAUCAGUGCUGCAGGGUCAGAACAGUCACAACAGAAGGAGCAGACUGAGGCUGUUCCCACGGACAUUGUACAAAACCAAACGCAUUGGUAACAAAGGCAGCAUUGGCAUCCAGAGCAAGGCUUUCCACUGUAACAUCUGCGAAAUCUACGUCAACUCCGAAACUCAACUCAAGCAGCAUAUGACCAGCAGAAGACAUAAGGAGAGGCUUACAGGAAAGCCAUCGAAGCCCAAAUACAGUCCUUAUGCCAAGCUCCAGCAGACUGCAGUGCUGGCGACAAAGAUGGCUUUUCAGAAGCAUCUCACAAAACCGAUAGCAACCGGUUUCUUACCAAAUCCUCUAACAGCAGCCACUGUCUGCGCGAUGCCAAAUCUCACUCUUCGACCGACCACACUCUUCCAGACUCCAUUUCUUGGACCAGCCUUCUUCAGAGCCACUCCAGGCCCCCUGAGGGCAACACAUACACCAUUUCUUUUUGCGCCGUAUUGACUUCAGGGUUUAAAACAUUACAGACAUUUUGGAAAAUAAAAGGGAACUAUGCAGUCAUAAAUGUGAACAUUAUAAGUUAUGCAUGGCAGAAUCCUGCCUUUUGCUUUAACAUCUAGAAUCAGCAGUUUUAUACUGCAAAUAUAUUUAGAUGAACAUCAUAUACAGAAAAUAUGGUUUCAGUAACAAAGACUAUUACAGAGCUGAUGUAGAUGUGUGUAGAGUUCUGGUAGAACCAUGGGUUACCAGUCUUUUUUGCACAAUAUUUUUGUGAGUUCUUUAAAAUGUCAGUCAUUAGCAAAGGUAUUCUGUGCGAGGGCGUUUUUUUUUUAUAUAUAGGGAAGAAAUAAAAACCUGAAAAAAGAAACUCUCUGAAACCAAAAUGGUUGAUGCAAGAUCAGCAGUACCGGGCUUGCUGCAGUCCAAGGAAAGAAAUAUGAAUUCAUAGCACAAGCAUGGCCCCAAUUCAAUAACCCUACUUUGGGUCAAUAAUAUUGUGGAUAUGAAAUGUCAACCCCACUGCAGCUAAGAGUACUUUCUUGAUUGAGAUUUCAGGGCACAACCUGAUGGCAAUACCAAGAGGUCUAGUAGUAUAGUGACUCUUUCUCUUAUGGACCUUCAUCCAUCAGUAAUGAUCAUACAUCAUUCUGGGAGCUACAGAAAUAUCAAGGCCAUCGGUACAGGCUGGAAGUGGAAGGCACGGAAUAUUAUCUGAAAUAUUUCAGGGGAUUAAUGUAUUAUUGGAAAAAUGAGCACACUCUCCAUGUGUACUGUGUUUGUGAUGCCUGCCCUCACAGACUUGACAAGAAAAUAAUGGUGAAAGGUGACAUUAAAUCUGUUUCAACCAGUUAGAUGACUAGAUUACUGCUGUUUUUAAUAAAUUCUAUUUAAAGGAUCCCAGUAAUAUUCCAAGCGAAUUCUUUACUUAAAACAUUGACUUAUGUUUUGUGCUAUUCAUGCCUUUAGGUUUGAUGCAAAUGUUAGAGUUUAUGUUUUAAUGUUAAAUAUUUUUUUAAAACAUGCCUCAUAGAGGCACAUUAUAUAGGUAAAUUGAGAUAACAUCCUGUUGCAUGGAUCCAGAGAGAUUAGUUUGAAUCCCAUUGUGGGACUGACUAUAAUUGCUAGUCUCACCAGUGAUGUCCAUCUCCCAUGGUUAAACAAAAAUAGUACCUGAAUGCCUGCUUAUUUAAAAGGGACACACACAUUUAUAUAGCAGAGCCCUUUAGAAAGUGAUUUGUAUUUGGCAUGUAGUAACAGAUGUGUAGCAGCAUUAAAACAAAAUCUAAAUCAGGUCACAGGUUUUUUAGUUUGUGGACACUGUUUUAACUCAAAUGUUAAAGUCUGGAGUUUAUUUGGAAUAUUCCAAGUCAGCAGAGAGGAUGUCAACUAUAUAAUUUUUUUUGGCGAUGAAGCGCGGAGUAGGCCCUACAGACCCUUCGAGCAGCACCAUCCCAGCAACCCCCAACAACGACCACCUACCCUGUGGGACUGUGGGAAGAAACCGGAGCACCCAGAGAACACCCACGCCACACAUUCCACUGAGAGGACAUGGACCGUAGAGACUCCUUACAGAGGAUGCCAGGAUUGAACUCCGAAUUCUGACACCGAGAGCUGUAAAGCAUCAUGCUAACCAUUAUGCCAUGGUGGUGCCCAAAUCUGCCAAAAAGAAUUGAAUUGCACAAUUAAAUAAAAAACAGAAAAUGCUGGAGUUACUUGACAGGUCAGGCAACAUCUAUGAAGAGAGUAACAGAGAGCACUACUGCCACAACAUAGUAACAGACCCCUUGGCCUAUCCAGUCCAUGCUUCAUGCAAAUGAUCUUUCAUCAGAAGUAGAAAACAAGCUUAGUUUAAGUUGCAGAAAGAGGUAAGGGUAGAGUAACAGAGGGUAUGUGUAGAAUGGAGACCAAGGUUGUCCAGGUGAUACAAGUGCCAACAGUUUGGACAAAGAGAGGAUGAGGAAUGCAUCUCAACCAUUCUGUUUUACUUCAGACUUCCAGCAACUGCCGUGUUUCACAGUUCCAGUAGAUCUUUCCUCUCUCACAUUUAUCUCCUGCCUUUACACUUCUCCAGACAGAUCAACUGUGACUGACGAGCAUUCAUCACCCUCUCUUAGACAACACAAUCAGCACUUGGUGUCACUUGAUUCUUCAGCUCUUACGUUGAUCACAGACAUUCCCCAUACCCUGAGCUGAUGCAGGGUUUCGACAUGAGACAUCAACAAUCCCUUUCCCCCACAGAUGCUGCUCGACCAGCUGAGUUUCUCUAGCAGAUUAUUGUUGGUUCCCUCUACCCCUCCUUUUCUCAGCUAGUUAAAACACAUUGGCCUUCCUCACUUUUCUAUUUCUGGAAGGUCAUUGACCUGAAACGUUAGCUCUGUUUCUGUCCCCACAGGUGCUGCCUGACCUGCUGAGUACCUCCAGCAUUUUCUAUUCUCAUUUUAGGUUCCCAGCAUCUGCUUUUUUUUCUUGCUUUUCAAGCUUGUAUGUGCAAUUUGGUCCUCCAGCUGUUACCAGCUUGAUGACUUUUAAGAGUUUCUAGUUGCUUGCCUCUCUGCAAGGAAGAGUGUUGACUUGCUGGGAGCAGCUGUCUCAUUGUCUGCCCAACCAUGUGAAAAUAUCACAGGAGUACACAAGUCUCUGACGUUCUGGAAAAAGUUACAUGCCAGUUGCUUCCCCAGAUUUACAUGGUUGAAAGCAGAAAUUCAGUAAGAAUGUAAUAUCUAAAUACUUCAUUAGCACACAGCUUCUAAUGUUUUGUUAUUUACUGGCUGAGAUUUUGACCUUUGAAGGAUUUUGUUUAGGCAAAAUAAUUUUUCUAUGUGAUCUCCGCUGUUGAUAUUUAGCAAGGGACAUUUACCAGUCUCUGUAUAUACUACAAGAAAUUAUUGGUUUCAUGUAGAAAGUAAAUGGAUUCAUAACAUUCUUCAAUUCAGUGUUGCUGUUGUAUGAAACUUGCAUAAGGAACUGAAUGUCUUAAAUAUGGACAAAGUCUUGCCCCACAGUUUUUACAUUUUCUCUUCAGUUGUGUUUACGAAAAUGCCCUCCCACGGCCACAGAUUUACCUGCAAUCUCCUCAAUGUGAAAUUGAAAUAAACACUGUGAAUAUCAUCCUUGUGACCCCAGACUUCCCACUGCGAAUAUCAUUUUACUGGUCUCCAACGUCAACACGUGAGGCCAAGUUAUUGUGUCUGAAUGUUGUUAACUGUGUGGAGUCAUGUGACCACAUACCUCCAUUUGGUUUGAGAACAAAUCUCGCAUUAUUUUCAAUGGGCUGUCACUUAUCUGAUGCUUGAAGAUAGAGUAACUGUUGAAAGGUAUUUUGGUAACAGCUAUUUUUCUGUCAAUGCCGGGUACAACCGAUCCAUCAAUACACUGCAAAGGGCCUCAUGGCCCAGAUGAGUGAACACUUGGAUGAAACUGGAAUAUUUCAAGUUUAAUAAA